AUGUCUGAUCAAGAUAUUCACCAAAGUAAAUACAGUGAAUUGAGAAGUAUAUAUAAAUGCUACAUCGAUUCAUAUAAUGCAUUUUAUAAGCUGAAAACUGAAAAUGAAGAAGAAAUGAACAAGAUAUACAAAAUGAUCAAAACAGAAUUGAUUGAUUCAAAGAAACGUCUUCUUUAUAUUAUUGUAAGUGACAUUUUACGUAUCAUUCCGUAUAAUAAUCGUUAUACAAAAGCUUAUUUAUCUCUCGCCAAACUCAUAUAUGAUAAUUAUCAAGUAAACGAGGAAAUUAGAGUUCCAUUAACUGUGGGAUACUUAUUUUAUAAAGAACAUGGAAUUAAAUUAAACAAAUCUGAUGAUUUCGAAAAAAUUAAAUCAGAAAACCUCCAAAUUCAUAAAGAAAAUACAAUUUACAGAGCAAUUAUGUAUAAUGACUUAGAAUCAUUCAUUUCAUUCACAGAAAGAGAUGGAUUCGAUAAAGAUCAAAGACUAAAAAGCAGUUUAUAUCCAUAUAAUAGUGAAUAUUCAUUACUUGAAUUAUGCUGUUACCACGGUGCAGUUGAUUGUUUCAAGUUAUUAAGAACGAAAUUCAGCUCAGAAAUAACUAAAACAUGUCUUAGAUUUUCAUUUUUAGGUGGAAAUCAGGAGAUCAUGAGUGAAUGCUUGAAAUAUCAUAAACCAGAUGAUGAAUGCAUGCAAUAUGCAAUUAUUUCACACAACAUUGAUUUUGUUACAUUCUUGAUGAACGAAUACGAUUUAGAGAUCGAUUUAGAUUAUUGCGGGAUGUAUAAUAAUCUUGAAUCAUUUUUAGUUUAUUUCGAUCAAACUAAUGAUUUUAACAAAUGCUUUAUUAAUUCAACGUGGUACAAUAUUCCAUCCUUACACGAAUACUUCCUUUCACAUAAUAUAAACGUCAAUGAAAAAGAUAAAUAUGGAAAAACUGCUCUUCAUAUUGCAGCAGAAAAUAACAGUAAAGAAACAGCCGAACUCCUUAUUUCGCAUGGUAUAAAUAUCAAUGAAAAAGAUAAUGAUAGAAAAACCGCUCUUCAUAUUGCAGCAUUAAAUAACAGUAAAGAAACAACCGAACUCCUUAUUUCGCAUGGUAUAAAUAUCAAUGAAAAAGAGAAAUAUGGAAAAACCGCUCUUCAUUAUGCAGCAUUAAAUAACAGUAAAGAAACAACCGAACUCCUUAUUUCGCAUGGUAUAAAUAUCAAUGAAAAAGAUAUAGAUGAAAAGACUGCUCUUCAUUGUGCAGCAAGUAAUAAUUUUAAAGAAACAGCCGAACUUCUUAUAUCACAUGGUGCAAAUAUCGAUGAAAAAGAUAUAUAUGGAGAAACUACUCUUCAUUGUGCAGCAUGUAAUAAUUUUAAAGAAAUAGCCGGACUUCUUAUAUCACAUGGUGCAAAUAUCGAUGAAAAAGAUAUAUAUGGAGAAACUGCUCUUCAUUAUGCAGAACGUAAUAAAAGUAAAGAAACAGCCGAAGUUCUUAGAUCAUAUGGUGCAAAAUAUUAG